UCAAAAGACCGUUUGACUCAUUUCAAUGGCGUCAUCAUCACUCUCUUCUUCUUCCUCCCUAAAAUUGAAUCACCUAAGAACAACACUCUGUUACCAUUUGAAGCAAAAUCGAUGCUAUUCAAAGCUGAACCACGCAUCAACAUCAUCACCAUCAGAGUUCGAGAAAGUAGCAGACGAUGUACCAAUUUCAGGAAUCUGUAGACCUCUGUCCGAAAUACUGAAGGAGUUGAACAAGAAAGUUCCCGAUUCUCUCAUCAAAACUCGCAUUGAGAAAGAUGGGUUUCCCAUUAGAUACAUUCCUUGGCAUGUUGUGAACCGUGUUUUGAACUUACACGCUCCUGAGUGGUCUGGUGAGGUUCGGAAUAUCACCUAUUCUGCUGAUGCCAAGUCUGUUUCUGUUGUUUACCGAGUUACUCUUUAUGGGACUGAUGCUGAGAUAUUUAGGGAAUCAACUGGUACUGCUUCAAUAGAUGAUACCAGCUAUGGAGAUCCUGUACAGAAGGCAGAAGCCAUGGCUUUUCGAAGAGCUUGUGCACGCUUUGGACUUGGGCUUCACCUUUAUCAUGAAGAGUCCUCAUAAUCAAGCGGUUCUGCUUACCUUCUCAGGUUAAUUGCCAUUGUUUCUUGUUGGAUUUUAACCUAUGAUUAUGAUCAUUUGAAACAAGAUUAUAUGGCUUGUUAUUACUGAUUAAAGGGGAGCAUUUUUUGUCCUGUUAACCAUAUGUUCUAUCUGGUUCAUGAUAGACAUUAUAUUAUAGUUGAUCCAUGUGGAUACUGUAGUGCUUACUCCAUCUAGUAGGAAAAGACUUUGGUUGUUGUAGUUAUCUGAUUUUAUGGUUCCAACUUCCAUCAUAUGAUGUUUUGGGGAAAAUUGAUGCACUGUUGUACUUUUGAUAUAAAACAGGAAAAGUAUGUUUAUAAUUUACUUGCAUCAUAUUUUAUUACUUGCUGCUUAAUUUUUUUCUAUGCUUAACAGUUGUGUGUUAACUUUAGCCAUAUAAUAUGGAUCAUACCCUUGUGUUACAUUUGUUAGUAUAGUAUGUGUGUUAACUUUAGCCAUAUAAUAUGGAUCAUACCCUUGUGUUACAUUUGUUAGUAUAGUAUGUGCAGUUGUGCAUGUUAAAUCAGCAACAUUGAUUAGGUGAUUGACUUAUGUAAACGGAUUUGAAUCCAACCAAUCCAGAAUCGGUGGCAAGAAUAUGUUUAAAUCGGGGUCAUCUUUGUGUUUUAUGUUAGCUCAUUAAAAGUUCUGAAGUUUUUGAAAGAAUCUUUUUGAGAGCUUUUGCUGUGACCUGUGAUACAGAGAAGCGACAUUAUAUAAAAUACGUUAAUGUUGGAUUCUUGUGUCUAAAAACAUAUAUGAAUCAUAUGUUCUUCAUAAAUGCCGCCAAAAAUAUUCUCUACCUAUAUUUUUUUGGUUAUUUUCAUUUUUCAUGGUUAUGUCCUUACACCUCUAAAGAAACACGACAUAGGUCUAAUCCAUGUAUCAUUGUGGGAUACUUUUUAUUUCAAUUCCCUCACAUCAGCCAUAAAAUAUGUCGAUGUAGAUUGGCUCGGUUGGUAAGGAUUGACUCACACAAGAGGUCAUGGGUUCAAGUAGAUGUGAGGCUUUUGGUAGGUGGUCUGCAAGCACUUUAUGAAUGUUAAGACCAUCUCCAAUGGUGCAACCCAUUCUUGAGUUCUUUAUGGGUUCCACCAGCCAUAUCAUCUCAAAACAUUUUAUUUAAUUUUUAUUUUAUUGGUGUAAUUAUAAUGGGUCCCACAACUUUACCUCAUAAAGUAAUUUGAUUGGGUACCACAAUAUUUUACUAGUUGCAUUGCAAUGCAACUGUACUAUGACAUGGCCAAUUGUUUGAAUAUUUAAUUAUUAUAUUUAUGUACACUUGGAGAACUCAAUGGAAAGUACUACCAUUGGAGAUGCUCUAAGGAGGUCUGUCUUGCAACUCACAUAAGCUUUUUAUUACCCAAAAAAGAGACUCCACUUUAAAUUUCAUUUAAACUUUGCUCUAUUUUCAUUUAGACUUUAUUUGAGUGA